UGGGCUCCCUGCAAGGCUGCAAUGGCGCCCAGGAAAGGGAGGGGAGAUCAGCCAUUCGUUCUGGUUAGUAAGGACAAGCAGAGGGAGGCGGAGCUGAAGUUUUUAAGUGGAUUACGAAGGGCCAGACAAUGCCGAAUUCGAAUGGCAAUUUCCUCAUGGAGUGCAAGCUGUGUGGUCAGGGGUUUCAGGGGAGCCUGACGAAAGCCGCACAUCACUUCACGAUGAAGAACAAUUGCGCGAAAGUCUUCGAGCAGAUGGCGAAGAUCUGGAACAAGACAAAGUACGGGUUCGAUCCAAGCCAUCAACGAAAGAUCGUGGACUUUUUGAAGUCUCGUGGGUUACGAGACAACAGAUGUGGAUCGGGGAGGGAGCCGGCGGGGGAGGAGGAGUUCGAGGACAGCGAGGAUGAGAGGAGGGCGGUCGAGGGUGGAGAAGAUGAUGGUGAGAGUGAUUCACAAGACAUGGAGGUGCGGCGAGAGACCGAGCGCUCCAGGGGAAAGAUGAGGAGGGAGAAGCCCGUUGUCGAGGAUAGCACCCCUGACGAGGACGACGACGACGACGAUGACGAUCAGGGAGCAGAUCUUGGGGCCUCUUUGGAUGGGGGGUUGAUGGCCGAUGGCCGUCGUGGCCAAGAGGGGGCAGCCAAGGCGAUGAAGGCGGCUGCGGGAUCGAAGAAGAGAAAGAGGAAGGCGAAGAUGACUGCCACUGAGGCAAGAUCAGCACCUUCUCAGCCGAAAAAGAGCAGAUGGUGGUACGUGAGCGGCAUCCCAUUCGAGGCGGCGAGGAGGCCAGAGUAUCAUACGAUGAGGAAGAAGUUGCUUGAGUGUCCGCCGUAUGCACAUCCCGCAUUGCCCACGCACCGUGUCACCUCCUGCGACGGCAUCCCUCAGCAGCAGCGAGUUGUGGCGGACAUGGAGGCGGCCAUCCGCAGGGACAUUGAGGCGACGGGAGCGACCAUCCUCACUGAUGGUCGCAAGUCCAUCACGAGUGACCAGAUAGUCAACUUCCUUGCUGCUGGGCCCACAGGCGCGUACCUUUUCGGGACUGUGCAGCGGGACAAUGCUGUUCAGGAGACAGCGGAGGCCGUCGUGGAGCGAUGGAAGGACGUGUUCGACAAGUUCGGUGUCGACAAGGUCAACGCCAUUUGCACUGAUUCCGCGUCUGCGUAUGUCGCUGCCUCCACGCUCCUCACGAAGGAGGAACCCAGGUACAGCCACAUCACUUGGCUUCCGUGCGCGGUCCAUGUCUGCAACUUGUUGUUGUCAGACAUCGCGAAGGACGGGCGUGACGGGAGCCUUGGGAAGAGGGAGGACACCAUCAUGAGGGCUCGAGCUGUCGUGCGUUUCAUCAGGGAGCACGGGGCGGCUCUGAGCCCUUAUCGAUGGUUCUAUGCCGCCCACCCCUCUUCCGCCUCCGCGGCGACGGGCUGUUCCAGCUCUGCGCCACCCCCGUCUCAGCGGCGAGGCAGGGAGCUUGUGUACCCUGCGCAGACGAGGUUUGCCACCCACUACUUGAUGCUGGAGAGGUUGCUGGAUCGUCGCAGAGCGUUGGAGGCAUUGAUGAUGAGCGACGAUUGGCUGCAGACUGCAUGGAGGAGGUCCAUUUUUCUGCAGGCCAGGUGGGUCCAGCGUGGGCGAAAGGAUUGCCUUUCAAAGGCACCUCCCAGCAUCGCCACGGGGCUCAUGGCGAUUGAGUUGGAGUCGGUGUACGAUCUCGAGCCUGAUCCCAUGGCUCAGGAUGCGAUGGAGGCCAAGCCGUGGUCAGAUACGGACGACCUGGCUGUGGAGUCAGAGCCUGGAGGUUCUGAUGACGAUGACGGCGACACUCCUCUCAUCCAGAUUUCGCGUCCUCGCACACGUGCAUCCACGGCGGCCGCUGCACCGUCUCCCGCAGCACGCCCUCCUUCGAGUGCUCCCGACGUCUCGCUGCGAGGCACGGCGGACCGUGUUAAGAGCACGACGCUACACCCUUCGACGGAUCACGGCGGCGACGCCGACGACAGGGAGGGAUAUGAGGGCAGCAGUGAGGAUGAGGUUGAUCCCUGUUAUUCCCCGACGCGUGGACAUGGUGACGACGACGAUGACGAGGGCGGCGACGGUGGACAGCCUGUGGGUGGUUUGCGGAAGUCUGAGAGACAGCAUGGCGACCGAUGCAGUGGUGCAGGCAGGGGAGGCAGCGGGCCGGGUGUUGGGGGUGCACAACACACAAGUGGUGCAGGAUGUGGUGGCAGAGGACAAGUAAGGCGAGAGUCUGCAUCGUCCACUCGCACUGUGCAUUGGGUUGAUAAGGGGAGGCUCGCUGAGGCGGCUGUGGUUGCUCCUUCCCCUACAGAAGUUGCUCCGUCCCCUGCUGAGUUCGCAGCGGCAUCUGCGGAGGGCGCAGGCAGGUUUGCAGGUGUUGGUGGCGAGGGUGUACAGGUUGGGAGGCCAUCUGCACAGUUGGGUGUCAGUUUCGGCGACAACAUUUUUGAUGUUCCGCUAGGGUUUCCUCCGACACCGGCAGGGGAGCAUGUUGGUGCCGAUGCGGACACAGCGGCCACGCCCGUCAGUCGGAUAGUCCGUGGUAUACCUUCUUGCAGCGCGGGCAACAUCAGUAGUAGCAUGUUGCAGGAGGCACCAGAGGGGACACCGGGUUGGUCGGGGCAGCACGAGCAUGCAACUGGGGAUGAUGGGGAGUGUCGACAUGUGCACAAGCGGGCAACAGAGUCAGAGCAGGACAGGAUCGACCGCGAGGAGAGGAGGACGGCGCAGGGGUUGGCUAGCCGCUGCGAGAUGACGCAGAGUAUUGCACUGAGGGCACGUGUAGCGCGGAUGCUCGAGACGGGCGUUGCUGCAGGCGAUGAAGAGGCCGAGUGAGGCGGUGCGGGUGGAGGGGAUGCAGGCGAGAGACCUGCGUCGCCAGUUCAGGGUGUUUGUGUAUUGCCUC